AAUCAGAUCAAUGUUGUUAUCCCGGCUUAUGUCGCGGGAACUGUAACUAUACACACAUUUUACAAUAAAGCGCUAUCGAGCCUUCUUUUCUAAUGAAUUGGUGAGUUUUGUUUUCGUGCAACAUAACCCGAAUUACAUCCAACUACUGAAUGAUAAUCCUCUGGUCGAUCCUGGUCGACUAGUGACUGUGACUGGCGAGGUAGCUAGGCGAGUUAACGUUACCCACUGAGUCUGCUAGGUGAUCGACCAACAUGAGGAACGCUGUUGAGUUUAAUGUCUGUUCAGUUAAUGUCUGACUAUUGUGUAGAACUGUUCUGCUGGAGGAGAAACAACCCUAGCUCUGAUUAACUACUCUGCGAUAUCAGAAGUCUACAUGUUUUGACCACUUCUUUAACCUAUCUCCGAUAACUUAAUGUAACCUUGACCUCAUUCACUAAUGUUACAUUUACCACCAUGUGCUGAUGUAAAGUUAUUAGUUGAUUGUUACAUAUACUGAAUGUCUCCAAAGUAAACCUGGUCUCCCAAUUAUGGUGGGCUAGUAUGUAGAAUUCAAUCACCCUUACUACUAUAACGUUACUAACGUUACUACAAACCGAUGUUGUCUACAUGAGCUCUGUCCUUCAGGAAGCAUACAGAUGGCGUCUCAUCGAAUGACCAAUGAGGAGCUUGACGAACAGUUUGAGCAGUUCUUGAAGGAGUCUUUUUCAGAUGAGUCUGGAGAUGUGGGUGGAUCUGCUAAGAGGACCAGUGUUCUGGAUAGCCUGGGAAAGACCAGUAGCCAGAGGCCAGCCAAGAAAGCUGCCAUUAGCUCCCGGCCGUGGUGGCAAGAUGAGGACUAUGAUGAUAACGCUGGAGGAACUGGGAGAGAAAAUAAAUUUGGCAAGGGUAGAUUUAUAAAGGUCAAAAAGCCAGGGGCUGAAAACACUGAGGAUGAAGACAAGCCAGGCCUACCGCAACAGGCGGUCAGCCCAGAGCCCCCUUAUAAGCCCAUCCCCAAACCACGCAACACCAAAGCUGUAAUACAGAAACCCAAGCAGGAGGCUCCUCAAAGGGAGUCCUGGCGUCCAGACGGAGACUCCAGAUCUGGUAGUCAGGGGAGCGUCACACAAACAAGAAGCUCCCAUAGCCCACCAGGAGAUGCUUCUCCCAAUAAGUUGAGCUCUUGCGAUGAAAUGCUACCGGACAGGGAAAGCGAAUCCCAAUGCAGCGAUGAAGAUGGGUCAUCCAGGAGAUCAUUCCAGAAGUCUUCCAGGAAAUCCCAGCCAAUCAGAGAGGAGGAGGAAGAAGAGUUUCUAGGUCAAAUGGCCUUCAGCGACGAGGAGCGCCAACAAGGUGUGCCCAGCAGGGUUAGACAAGAGCCUGAGGACUCAAUGCUGGCAUCGGGGCCUGACCUGACCCCAGGAGGGCCGGGCUUGGAGACCCUGGAGGAGGAGGAAGAGAAGGCCCGCUUCUUUGCACAGCUGGAGGCGGGGGCCUCGUCCACCCUGGACUACUCCCGCCUCAACAGAGACCUGGACUCCCCGAGGUCCACCCCCGCCCAGAGCCUUAGGAAACCAGAGGAGGCCGGGGAGGGAUCUGAGGAGGAUGAAAAGCCAGCCACUGAAGGGAUCUCUCAAGCGUGUGCAGACUCCCCCGACUACAGUGAUAACUUUGAAGAAGACGAGAAAGAGAAGGAGCCUGCAGAGACGAUGCCACCAAUAUCUUCCUUGGAUGCCAAAGGAUCUCUCUACGAUUCUCUUGACUCUAACGACAGAAGGGCCCCGUCCACGCAGCUACGAGGGAAGGACCCGGCCUUCUCGUCGGACAAAGGUCAGUCUUAUGGACAGAGCUGUGGUAGUGAGAUGGAGGCUCUCCAAGAGGCCUACAGACAGAUAAGCGAUGCUCCGGGCGUCACGGAGGAUAGGGUAGACGGCCGGCGCAGCAGACCCUCUACCUCUGCCUCCCCCCUGGAACAGUCCCGGGGAGACCUCCUCCCAGCCUCUACCAACGGGUCGGAGCUGCCCACCGCUGAAGAGCUGAUGAGGCCGAUCCGACCGGAGACAAGCGACUACAUCCAAGGCUUGCCCCUCAAGCCCAGCAGCCGCCCAGGGACGGGCCUGGACCUGAGGCCUGGCAGCGCUGAGCCGAGGCACGCGGGCGUGAAGUCGGGCCCUGUGGCAGAGCCGUGGCGAGAACGGCGGUCCUCCGGGUCCCUGUCCCCAGACACCCCUCUCCGCAGGCAGCCGCUGAGCAUCAGAGAGGAGGUGGAGCGGCUGAUGGAAGACCAGGACCGGGAACACCACAGCCAGAGUCCCAUCCCAUCCACACAGGCCAGCAGAGCUAAGCAGAAGCCCCGUGGUGGCACCGCCGGCCGGCCCUCUCUGUCGUCCACCAGGAAGUCAACGGUAACCUCCGCCCUGCGGGGUUCCAAGGCCAAGGAGGAGGGCCGCUCUGCCAUGGCCUGCAGGUUCUCCAGACCCAACAGGCCCACGGUCAAGGGGAAAGCAUCUCCGCCUCCCACCCAGAGGAAGCCAGUCGCUCGGGUGCAACACAGCCCCCCGCCAAUCAAGGGCAUCCCUGAGAACGCAGGUCUUCAGGUGAGCGGCGACCUGGUCGCGUCCGUCCAGUCCUUCGCCGCCUUCCUCCAACAGCAGGUCGCCACGGCUACCUGGGAUGUCAACGCUCGCAGGGACGUGGCCACAGGAGUCAAGGGGCUUUCAGACAGCAAUGUUGAGGAGGGCUCUAUGGUCCAGGGACUUGCCCACAAGGAAAUAGACCACCUGUCCCACAAGCAGAUAGACCAUCCUUCCCAGAAGGAGAGAGACCUUGCCCAGAGGGAGAGAGACCUGGCCCAGAGGGAGAGAGACCUGGCCCAGAAGGAGAGAGACCUUCACCUGAGACUGGAGGAGGUGGAGAUGCAGCACAGGGAAGACCUCGGUGCUGUCAAACAGGAGAACUAUGUUCUGCAGAGCAAGCUGCGCAAGGCCGAGUCCAGCCAGGGGGGCCAGCGGUGGGGCGAGGCUGCAGACCCGAUGACCAUGGACAGGCUCCAACUCCUGGAGAAGGAAGUGCAGCAGCAAGAGACCAUCAUCCAGGGGUACCACAAGGAAAACGAGAAGCUUUGCUGGGAGAUGAAGGCCCAGCAGACUAGGAGUAGAGCCACAGAAGAGGCCAUGUUUGCAGAGAACCAGAGGUUGCUGAACGAGCUACGGCUUGCAAAAGAGCAGCUGAAGAACAUGCCAGGGACGCCACUGAAUGCCUGCCCAAUGGAGCACACCCAGCGCAUCACAGAGCUCCUGACUCACAUGGAGGUUAUUCAGAAGAGCGAAGCCAAGUGGUCAGAGGAGAGCCGCAGCCUCCGGCAGCAGAAGCAGGCCCUGGAGGUGGACCUCCAGCUGAUGAAGAAGGAGAAAGACCUGCUGAAGGCCCAGGUUCUCUCAUCCUCAGGUGACCCCGGCGCUGUGCUGGGCGUGCGGGGGGACGGCCACAGAGAGGAGGUGGCCGCGCUGCAGAAGAAGCUCCACUGGUACGCUGAGAACCAGCAGCUCCUGGACCGCGAUGCCGCCCGGCUGAGGGCCGCCAGCGACGAGACCCGGCAGCUCAAGGAGCAGUUAGAAAACCUAAAGAUAGAGGUGAGGAAAAGCAGCAGUCAGCAACACACCAAGGCCAAGGAGAAGACCGGAGACGCUAAAAAGAUCCAGGCCUUGGAGCGACAGGUCAAGGUAAUGGAGGACCUCCUGCGACGGCGCCAGCCCAACUCCCUCCCCGCCCUGAUCUACGCCGCCGCCUCAGCGAGCGGCCCGGCCGGCGAAGACCCCACGACGACCACCGCCACGCCCACUCAGGUCACCGGCCUAUUGGAGCGCAAGGUGGAGCGUCUGGAGGCGGAGCUGGACGGUCAUAAGGAGGAGGCCAAGCGGGGCCUGCGAGCCAUGGAGCAACAGUUCCAGAGGAUCAAGCUCAACUAUGAGCAGCAGAUCUCCGAGCUGGAGCAGAAGCUGGUCCAGAGGCAGAACCCGGAGGAGGGGGCGGCCCCCCCGCCCUGCCCCUCCUCCGGGGGCGGCGAGCAGCAGGGUGUGACGGAGGCGCAGCGCAGCGUGGAGCUGGCCCUGCAGGAACAGAUCCAGUCACUCCAACAGCAGCUCUCCACAAAGGCCCCGCCCCCGGAGCCAGAGCGGGCCCCGCCCCCGGAGCCAGAGCGGGCCCGGCGCAGCCCGUCCCGCCACCAGGUCCAGAGCGAGGCGGCCUUCGGGGCCCGCAUCGAGCGGCUCACGCAGGAGCUGGCGGCGAAGACCCGCUCGGUGCAGGAGCUGAGCCGCACCGUGGAGCGCCUGCAGAGGGAGAGGAAGGGCCUGCUGUCGGGCUCCUGGUCCCGAGAGGCGCGCCCGGCCAACGCCAACGCCGCCGCCAGACCCAGGGCCGCGGCGUCCGGCGAUGCCCGGGUGGGCGGGGCCGGCGUAGGCGGAGGGGGAGGGGGAGACGAGGCGGGAGCGCGGGAGGAGGAGGAGAGGUUCCCGGCCGCGCAGUACGAGAAGACGUACCGCCCCGACGCCUUCGCCGGCAGCCACAUCACGGAGGUGCUGGAGGAGAACCAGGCCCUGCGAGAGCAGCUGGGGAGGCUAGAGGAGCGGCCCGACGCAGGGGAGCCCCACGGAGCCCUGGCCCAGGCCCGGGAGGAGCUCUGCAGGCUGAAGGAGAGCACAGCGGAGCAGCUCUCCUCCCUGGUGGCUCAUCAGCAUCUGGAGAUGGACCAGCUCCGGGCCGGCCACGCCCAGGACCACUCCUCAUCCAGGGUGGCCCAGCUCUCCAACAGGCUCAACACCCAGGAGAUCGUGGUGCAGCAUUUGAAAGAGCAGUUGAAAGACUUUAAGGCAACCAAGGACGCACUGGCCGUGUCCAAAAUACGAGAGGAAACGCUGCAAACUCAGCUAACCAGGCUGCUGGAAGAGCUGAGGCAGGCCAGAGAGGCCCACAGCCCCGAGCUGAGGCACCUCCGCGGCCUGGAGGCCAAGAUCUGCAGCAUGGAGCUCAGACACACCCAGCGGGAGGACCAGCUGAAGCAGCUCAUAUGCCAGACCAGGCAGGUGGUGGAGUCAGAGCAGCACUCGGAGGUGGAGCGCUGGAAGGGUCUGGCCCAGGGGAGGAGCAGGGAGGUGGAGGCCUUCCGCCUGGAGCUGGACUCCAUCCUGGACGUCCUGCGGGAGCUGCGCAGGCAAGGGGUGGUGUUCCCCAGCCCGGAAUCCCACCUCCACAUCCCCUCCACCUGGAAGAGCUGAUGACUCACACACAUACAGAGCCACACAUUUCACAAUCACAUUCAUGGUUGUUACAGUUUCACAAAGACUUGCUCAAAAUCUUACCGAGGUCAUCCUAACCACAUUUAUCCCUAAACAGCUGUAACAGUGCCUGUGUGUGUGAUUCAUGAUUUUACAAUCAUGGAUGAGUUUUAUGACUCACACUACUUGGAAACGUCCUUCAUUCAUGUGUGCCUUUGUGUCUGGAACAUUUUCUAAUAUUUCUUGACAACUUCAAUACAAAUUGAAGUAUAUAAAAUACUUUAGUAUUUAUUUUAUUUACUGAAACGCCAAUAAAAUAUGUCCUUCAAA